AUGACGCGUCAUAAACGACGUCAUUCAUCUGAUCGUGGUACUGAUGAUGAACAAACACGUUCAUCAUAUUAUCACAAAUCUCGUCGACGUUCAUCAAUAAAUAAUGAUACGAACAGUUCAAGUGAUAGACCAAAGAAUAGUCGAUCAAGAUCCACAUCUUCAUCAAUAUCAUCAUCAUCUUCAUCUCCGACAUCAUCAUCAUCAUCAUCAUCAGCUCGAUCAGAUGAGUCUGUUCGACGAACUAAUUCACGACAUCGUCAUUCUUCAAGACGAAAAUAUGAUAGUAAACGACGACGAAGGCGAGAGCAUCAUCAUCAUCAUCGUCAACGAACAAGAUCACGGUCGAAGCGACGGUAA